GAACUCCACAGUAUACAAACUUUUUGGGAACAAGAAUUAUGGACGUGUCCCGCUACCGAGAUUGAAAUGGUGCUUGGAUAUUAGAUUACCAUGUUUCCCUUUUUUAAAGCAGCAGGAAGAACAUGAGCUUGGUAACCACAAACAACAGUCAGUGUGAAAGCGAGAGGAUUCACUUCACAACUGUAGAGCUGCACGCCAUGACUCUGGACAGCUCUCUGCUGCUGCUAAUGGAGCUCUACACAGAAGCACUGGACUAUCUGAAGGCCUAUGGCAUCUCGCCCGUGACUGAAGAUGAGAUUAUGGUUUCUGACUUACUACAGGAUGUGUUCGCUGAGGAGACAGAGUGGGUUUCUCACAGCUCUUUGCAAACUGAGCCAUGUUUGCCAUCCACUCCAACAACCGAGAGCCCAGAUGACCUGCUUCAGAAGAGAACAGUGGUUCUGAAAGGGGUUCUGAUCAGUGAGGAGAUCUACCUGACAGAGCUUGAGACGCUUCUCACGCCUAUGAAAGCUUUGAGGGCAGCAGCGGGAACCUCUCAACCUGUGUUGUCCACUGAGCAGGUUCAGACUGUGUUUUAUCAAAUCCCUGAGCUCAGAGAUCUGCACAAGGACUUUUACACAAACCUUCGGGCCAAACUGCAACCUGAUGAAGUGAUGGACCCAGGGUCACAACAAGGCCCGGAGAGGGAGGAGGCCCCAGUGAUGCAGCUUUGCCACAGGGAGCAUCAUUUUUGUGUGGGAGACCUGUUUCAUAAGUUUGUCAACCAGUUAGGAGUGUAUCGGGGCUUCAUUGACAACUAUGAGAGUGCAGUGGAGAUCGUGCAGAAGUGUAUGCAGUCAGACCAGCGUUUCAGGACGCUUGCAGAGAGUAUGAUGUCCUCCAAAGGGUCAGACAAUGUCAAAACUAAGUACACCUUUGAAGCUCUCCUGUAUAAGCCGUUAGACAGAGUGAUGAAAACCACACUUGUGUUGCACGAUUUGUGGAAGCACACGCCCCCCGAUCACCCCGACAGCAUCACGCUGCAGGAAGCGCUUCGUCUCUCCAGCAGCUUUCUCUCUGGGGUCAAUGAACGGUCGCAGUGCAAACGUUCUGUCAAGCUCAGCAGAGGAGAGAGACGUCAGCUGAUGCGAGAUGGGUUUGUGGUAGACGUGUGUGAGAACGGGCACAACCUGAGACACCUCUUCCUGUACACAGACAUGCUGCUAUGUGCCAGACUGACAAGUGCAGGGAGGCAGCCACAGUACAGGUUUUGCUGGUACUUGCCAUUGGUUGGCCUGAAGCUGCACUGGGCAGCUGAACAUCUGCCCUCAUCAGAAUACCAAGUGAAAAUCAGUAAAACCAGAGCCAAAAUGUACCAGCUCAAACAAGCACUCCAGCAACACACGAAAGGAGGCAAGGUGUCAAUUUCUCGUGCUGUUGAUCGCUUGAGGCGCAAACUUGAAGAGUGUGAGAUCUGGCUCCUAACAAACACGCCAUCUUUUACUUUAGACCUACAUAGCACCAGUGGAAAGAGUCACACUAUCCGACUGUUUUCUUUGUAUGACCUGAUUGAGUGGAAAGAAGCCAUUGAGAAACAGAGUGGAAACUGUAUCGAGACAGUUCCUCCAGACCUGCUGUCUGUUACCGGUUCCUGUAUCAAACUCAGAAUGACUCAACAACCUCCCCUUCACUGCGUUCAGUCCACUUCUAUUGUGUCUUUCACAGAUGAAAGUGCACAUAUAUGUGGGAGCUUAUAUGUGAUGGUUCAAUCGGCGUGUGGUCUGCAAAACCCGAGCAGUGCAUAUGUGUGUGUGGAGGUAGACGGCUUUGAGUUUUACGACAGACAAAAACAAACCUGCCUUUCAGCCUUCUGUGUUACACCUCAAUGGGAUGAGGAGCUUAUGUUUCAAGUGGAGGGAGCACGGCAGCUGUUCAUGGUAUUUGUGUCUCAGUAUGAGAACGGCAUACAGGAUGACAUUGUGGGCAGGGCGGUGUUAAAUCUGGACACUGACAACAUAUUUAAGAAAUGGAAGAAAGUCACUUGUUCUUUGGGCCAAGUUGAUGUGACCUUGUCAAUCAAGUACAUGCCCCACCCUCUCGAGCCUCCUAGCACCACCCCUCUAGGUCAGGAACCAGUGUACUGUGUGCCGAUUGGACAAGUGGCAAUGCAAGAGAGUGUGCUGGUCCCUCACAUUGUCCGUUCCUGUGUGGAGGAGAUUGAGAGGAGGGGUCUGAAAGAAGAGGGGAUCUACAGAAUCUCAGGAGCCAGCACCGAGAUACAAGCACUAAAACAUGCAUUCAACACUAAUUACCGUGAGGCUGUGAGUAAACUGAGGACUGUAGAUGUGAAUGCUGUAUCAGGCACUCUGAAACUGUACUUUAGAGAACUUCCUUUACCUCUUAUUCCCUCUGAGCAAUUCAAGGAGCUUGCAGAUGCACUAGACAUUGCCGAUCCAUAUCUCAGGGCCGACAGCAUGCUGACUCUGUUGCAGGCUCUACCAGAUGUAAACCGCAACACUCUCCUCUUCCUCUUACAUCACCUGAGACGUGUUGCAGAGAGGAAGGGAGAGAAUAAAAUGUCUCUGAGUAAUUUGGCCACAGUGUUUGGCCCCAGCCUUUUGCGCCCUCCAGUGGCUCGUGUCGACAUAUCUCAAGAAGUGGAGGUUCAGGUUCAGGUGAUUUAUCUCUAUCUGCAGUGUCAGAACCUUCCAGAAGCUCUUCUCACAAAACAUCAGGACAUUGAUGAUCUAGAGACAUGAGCCUUCAACAACCAGACUCCUUUUCUGUCUGCGUAUCCAUGGUCAUAUCUGUAAAUUU